AUGGCGCGCACCGCUAAGCGCAAGAAGACGGCGCCCAAGGAGUCCCGCUCCAAGGCCUUCGUCGAAGAGCCCGUCGUAGAGGCCCCGCCGUGCGCCUUUCUGGACCUACCCGUCGAGCUCUACGACCGCAUCUACGACUCGCUCAGCCUUCCCGCGGCGCUGCGCCUGGCGCAUACCUGCCGCACUUUCAACAGUGCUAUCGAUGGCCGCGUGCUGGAGCGCUGCUGCCUGCGCGACGACCGUUUGAAGAAGACCUACACUCGCAGAACCAACGUCUCCGAUCGUCUGGCUGUCUUGAUCAAGCGCGGCCUCGCCUGCUACGAGUGUAGUGCACUCCUCCACGUGCCAGAGGUGGGUCUGUCGUUGGCUACUCAGUAUUGGGGCGGGCGCCACCAUCACAACGCUUCGAAGCGCAUGCUCUGCUACGUCUGCACGAACAAGCCGAUAUAUUCGUACCUCUCAGCUAGCCAGGCGCAGAAGAAGUUCGCACUCAACUGGCAAGAGAUGCGUGCGCUGCGUCCUUCACACAACACGGUGAUGUACAUGUUCGGAUAUGUGCGCAACGUGGCCGUGCGUUCCACUAGUACAGGCCAGAGAGCGUGCAAGGGCUGA